AUGAAUGUUAAACUUAUUGCAGGAGUUUUGAAGUUCAGUUAUGCGAAAGAGUUUAAGAUACCAAGAAUGAGUCAUAGAGUACAACUUCUUUUGGGAGCAUACCAUAUGACAUUUCCUUUGAAAAGUGUUGACAAAACGAUUGAGAUGAAAUCUGUUCCAUACGUAUGUUAUGGCAAUUGUUUGUACAUUGAGUCAAAAAUAGCUAAUGUCACAGGUAUUUCAGGAGUUAAUAGUAAAGGUUCAGUAGAAUAUAAAUCCUUCUGUUAUGAAGUAAAUUCAAUGUUCAUUCCAAACGUUCCUGUCAUAGCAACUCAUUUAGGUAAAUGGGUUCGCAUUAGUCCUCAUAAUUUGAAAGACAUGCAAUUCAGACUUGUUGACUUUCAAGGAGAGCCUGUAGAACUGAAGGCACCAGUGCGAAUGACUGUUGAAGUUGACUUUUUAGAAAAUAUUAAAUGCAACAGCUUACAAGAGAACUCAGAGCUAAAAAUAUAA